AUGACCGAAGAAACGAACGAGAAUCACCCUCGCGACGUGUUCCACGACAUGGUGGAAAUGCCGCAGCAGCCCAUCGUCGUCGUCGUGGGUGGCGGCCUCGCCGGGUUGUCGGCCACCAUUGAGGCCGCCGCCUGCGGCGGCCAAGUCAUCCUGCUGGAGAAGGAGUCGAAGCUUGGCGGCAACAGCGCCAAGGCGACGUCCGGCAUCAAUGGCUGGGGCACGCGUGCGCAGGCGCUGCAGGAUGUCCAUGACGGCGGGAAGUACUUUGAACGUGACACACACAAAUCCGCCCUCGGCGGCACCACCGACCCGGGCCUGGUGCGCACCCUCUCCGUCAAGAGCGGGGAUGCCAUUAGCUGGCUCUCCUCGCUGGGGAUCCCCCUGACGGUGCUGUCGCAGCUCGGUGGGCACAGCCGCAAGCGCACGCACCGCGCCCCUGACAAGGCGGAUGGGACACCCGUGCCCAUCGGCUUCACCAUCAUGCGCACGCUUGAGCACCACAUUCGCACGAAACUCGCGGAUCACGUGACGAUCAUGGAAAAUACCACCGUCACCGCGCUUCUGAACAGAUCCAAGAUUCGCCCUGAUGGUGUCAAGCAGACCAAAGUCUACGGCGUAGAAAUUGUGCAGAGUGACGGCGAAAAAUCAAGGAUCCUGGCGGAUGCCGUCAUUCUUGCCACCGGUGGAUUUUCAAACGACAAGACCCCAAAUUCCCUCCUCCGCGAGUUUGCGCCGCAGCUGUCUGGCUUCCCCACGACCAAUGGACCGUGGGCCACUGGUGACGGCGUCAAGCUGGCACGACGCCUUGGCGCCACGCUUGUCGACAUGGACAAGGUGCAGCUUCACCCGACGGGCCUCAUCGAUCCAAAAGACCCUGCCAAUACGACGAAGUACCUGGGCCCAGAGGCGCUGCGUGGGUCGGGCGGCGUCCUGCUAAAUAAGAGAGGUGAGCGGUUUAUUAACGAGCUUGAACUUCGCUCCGUGGUCUCCAAGGCGAUCAUUGACCAGGGCGACGAAUACCCAGGCUCCAACGGCAGCAAGUUUGCCUUCUGCGUGCUCAAUGAUGCGGCGGUAAAGCUGUUUGGCGUCAAUGCCCACGCUUUUUAUUGGAAGCGAGUUGGUCUCUUUGAAAAAGUGGACACGCUGGAGGAUCUUGCAGCACUCAUCAAGUGCCCUGUGGAGAACGUGCGGCAGACACUGGAGGAAUACGAGCGGCUGUCAAAGGCAAACCGUCAAUGCCCAAAAACCCGCAAGAAUGUCUACCCGUGUGUGGUGGGCCCACAGGGUCCCUUCUACGUCGCCUUUGUGACGCCGUCGAUCCACUACACAAUGGGCGGCUGCCUCAUCUCACCCUCGGCAGAGAUUCAGAUGGAAGGAUCACAGUCUUCCUUUUUUGGUCGCCGCCGUUCCGUUCUUGGCCUCUUUGGAGCGGGUGAGGUGACAGGCGGGGUGCACGGCAAGAAUCGUCUUGGUGGUAACUCGCUGCUGGAAUGUGUCGUCUUUGGACGUAUUGCGGGCGAUCGCGCGGCGCACGUUGUGGAAAAAGAUCCUAUUUGUUUGCGACGAGACAAGUGGUCUCAGCUGAGGUUGCGGAAUGUCGAGGAAGACGAGAGUGGUUUUUUGUGGUUUUACUUUGACCUUCCAAGCAGUCUUCAAGUAUCGGGACUAGCUCCCCUACAGGCAGUGGCGUUGCGGGCUCAUGGUAGUACCAAACGCGUGGAGGCGUAUACCCCAUUUACGUUGCCUGACGAUGCGGGUGUGGUGGGUGUGGUGUUGAACCCGUGGCUCAUCGAGAACAGCUCCUCAUGGUUGGCUACAUUGCGGCAGGGCGAUGCUGUAGAGGCGACGGCUGCAGAACCCGUGGAGAGUCAUGUAACGACUCUUCUGAAGGCAACAAAUAAAGUUGUCAUUGCCACAUCUCGCGGAAUUGCUCCCAUGCUUCAAAUCCUUCGCACUGCCACGGAACGACACG